UGGAUCAGUUUGACAGCAGAUGGCAAUGCAGCUAAAUGAAGAGUAUCUGUGAGCAUUAUUGUGCACGUUGAUGUUGUGUUGAUGCUGUCAGGUUGUUGCUCUCUCCUGGCGCAGUCACUCUCAGCUGGAGGCGCAUAGGAUGCCAUACAAUCCUAUAGGAAGUGACUCUCACAGCUUGACAGGCAACAAUUUCCAAGGACGUAAUCUCGCGGAUCUUUUCGGUUUAAACACACCAACACGAUGGACGAAGGCACUGCCAGCGAGACCAUCCCAGAUCUGAAAGACAUAGAGGUGAAAAUUGGCCGGAAGACCCCCGAGGGUUUGCUCAGGUGGAUGCGGGAAGAGGCUUCCUCUCUCCGGGGAGACGCCAAGCUGGCCACGGCGCACGACACCAGCAAGGAGACGGGGAAGAAGAGUUUGGAUGAAAAGAUCAGGAAAUUGAAGAUGGAGAUGGCUCACUUGCGCUCGGUGGAUGUAAAGAUCUUGCAGCAGCUGUUGGCGGUCCAUGAAGGCAUCGAGGCAGUGAAAUGGCUGCUGGAGGAGCGCAGCACGCUGACAAGCCGCUGCAGCAGCCUAACCAGCAGCCAGUACAGCCUGGGCGAGGGCCCCGACACCUCCUGGAGAGGCUCCUGGAGCAGCCUGCAGGACCCCAACGACAAGCUGGACAACAUCUCCAUCGGCAGCUACUUGGACACCCUGGCGGAUGACAUGGAUGAGUAUUGCCCCUCAAGCUCGGAGUCGGUUAUUUGCUCCACCACACCGCUGGUGUCAGAGGCUACUGCUGGGGGCCGGACAGGGGGAGGCCCUGGGGCCACGGUAACAGCAGCUGGGGUAGGUGUGAGGUCUGGUACUGGGACUGGAAGUGGGAAUCGGGCUGGGCCAAAUGAAAAUGGAAAUGGGGUUGGAAAUGGGAUGGAGGUGAAAAGUGGACCAGGGACUGGGGUUACCAGUGCUAUUACUGGGACUGGGACUGGGAAACCAGCUGCUCCUGUCAGCUCUCCGCAAGCCCAGUCUGAAAGCCCUAAACAAGAUGCUCCGGUCUGGACCAAGGCUGCAGAGACAGGUAAAGGAAGCCCAGUUUCUAAGGACAAUACCGUCAAGGCUAAUGGUAUCCUGGAGAAACCAGUCACACAAACAGGCAGCCCAACCCGCUCCAGCCUCAACGAGAAACUGGGAACCAGCCAGAGCCCCAAACUCAAACCUUACAAAAACGGAAAGAUUGAGUUGGAUACCUGCAAAAUGAACGGCAAAAUGCAUCUGGAGUAUGACGCGCACUGGCGGUGGGUGCAGUCGCAAGAAGAUGUGACGUUUUUGUAAGAAGGAUAAUAACAGAGAGGACUAAAGCCACUAUUGAACGCUCCCUCUGUGACAUCAAAGACCAGAUCACUGACAGAUCGAAGAAGAGGAGUGAACUGCUGUUGUGAAAUGCACAUAGCAAGGCUUUCCUUGUCGAAAGACACUGGGUUUGAAAGACAAAGAAUUACUGUCCUGUUGUUCCCUCCUGUGACUGCACUAACUUUCUAUUAAACAUUGAUGUCAGUAUUACGGUGGAAACACAUUUCAGGAUUUGACCACAUUUAGCCAAACUGGGCUGCCUCACACAAACUUAGGAAAACCAGUUUUGAAAUCCUGUGUCAUGGUUUUUCUCAGGGUCUUUGCAUUCCCUGAUUUCUUUUCUUUUCUUUUUUUUGUUUUGUUUCCUAAAGCACAGUGAAACAAUCUGCUGGAGAGCUGAGACACAUUUUCAGACUGCUUGAUAUCAACCAAUGUAAAUUAGAAGAUUUGAGUUUAAACUUGAUCUAUAAUUAAAAUAUAAUUUGAUAUGUUCUGUGGUGGAACAACUCCACUGCUAGCAGCACUGAUAGAGUCGAUUGUGCUGCACUGAAGUUAGUGGAAGACCAAAGUUUUCCCCUUCUAUUGAGUCACAAAUUAAAUUUAUGGUACAAACCCUUUGUCUCUGAUGGUAUAAAACCAAGCACUUGAUGGUUAUAGACAGUAUUACUUGAUAAAGUAUUAACAAAACAUACAUAUUAAACACCUUUUGAUAAAAUCUGUGAGCGUGUUUCUCCCCAAACUUGUAGCUGCCUGAACAAAAAGUAGAAGAUAUUAAAAUAUCAGCACUGAGGUUAGUAAAAGUUUCCCUCACUGCGAAAUACUGUAUCCAUUUGUGUCUUUGUAGAGCUAAAUACCUUCAGUGCUUAAUUCACCAUCUGCAAUAUUGUAUAUUCACUGAAUCGCAAUACAGCUACUCUGUGCAUCAGGUACUAGUCGUGACUGGUUGUAGACAAAUACUGAAUAUGGCUGAAUUUUUUUUUUUUCACUUUAACCGUUAUGGUAACCUGUGUAGGUUUUUUCUAAGCAGAUGUUGUGCCUGAUUGGUGUAAACCUUAACUACAUAUGCCUGUACUUUACACUCCUGAGAUGACUGCACUGCUGUUAUGAUAAUCUGAGUUUUUCGACUCAUUCUAUGCUUAUUAUUUUUGCCUCCUCCUGGCCUCUUGCUUGCGUGUACAAAUGGCUAGACCAACAGUCUGUGUGCGCUCGCCAUGUGAGUGUUGACUGGCAAAUGUGUUAACGUUGGCUGGGUGGAUAUUGCAUGCCCUGUGCUGAGAAUUUUAUUGGUGAAAUAUUAGAAAUGCGUGGAGGACCUAAAAUAAUCAGAGACGAAAAGCAAUAUUUCUUGAAGAUUUUCUAGUGGCUUACAUAAGCAGCCUCUUCUCAGCAAAGUCUAAUAUUAUUGUCUGUUCUUCAGGAGUUUCCAAAACUACUGACAGGGAGAGGAUGUGUGUGUGUGUUAUGUGUGUGUGUGCGUGAGACAGAUGCCGACUGCCUGCCUGAGCACAGCUGGCCUGUCAGGUCUGGAUAAGAAUAGACGAGUCCCAAAGGAUUUCAAGCGUUUUCAGCUCAUUCAUCACGGCGUCACUACAUCUCCUACUAGUCUGCAGUUUGUCAUGUUAAUGCUGCAGGGGCAGUGCGACACGUUUGAUAGACGGAGGAGAACAUAUUACAUAAUCAGUACAUAACUUUUUAUGCUACAGUAGCCUACACCUUGACGAAAAAAAAAAUUGUAGAAGGUCUGACUUACCCUCUUUCCUACCUUGGAUACCAUCUCAAAUCGUUCCUUUUAGUGCUGGGAAUUGUUUGAAACUCUUCAAUUCUAGUGCUGAUUAUAUACCGCAGUCAGUACCAAGGAAGGAGUAUAGACCAUUUCAAGAAGUCUUUCACUUGCUGGGAAACAACACAUUCUCACCCUGACCUCAUCACAUAUUGACAAUUGGUUAAGGACCUUCCAAUUCCUGAUACGAUGUGAAACGUCUCCUAGGUGCUUUGGUUGUUGACGGUCUGUCCCAACAACUCACACGUGGUUGGGUUUGGGCAACAAAAGCACGUGGUUAGAUUUAGGAAAAAAAGAACUGGGUCUGGCUUCAUAAUCUUGCGGGACGUGAACACCGCUCUCUGGGGUGAAAGUUGGUGUUGGACCAAUCCACUACCCGCCUGCGCUACUUGGACUUUCAUUGUCUUAACGUUCAUUCUUAUCCUGCCGCAUUUCCCCCCCUACCCGAUGCCGACUUUAAAGAACAGCUUUUUUUCGUCAGUGUCUGACACCGCAAGUCACUGCCCGAGCGCUGGAUUUCGACGAAUUCAGAGUGAGAUCAGGUUGUAGGAACCUACAUCAUUGUCAUCACCCAGCCACUACUACACCAAAGCAGUAUAUGAAACGCUGAACCAUAGUCCUCCUGACCUGAAACUUGAUGUCAGAAAUAAAGGUCCAUGUCUUCGCUAAAGAAACAAACCAGCACUAAGCGUAGGUUGCAGCGGUCAGACGAAAGAAGUGGACACCAUCGAGAAAAUCCAGGAUCUGUAGCGCUGAUUUCAUUACCAGUAAGUUUCGCAAUGCUACGGAGUAUGGAAAUGACAAGACACAGAAAUGUUUUUUUCAUUUAAUUCAUAGCUGUUGUUAGCUUGAAUAAGCUAAUGCUCAUUUAUCAACAGUCUGAAAAGAGGAAGAGGAGCAUUUGUAUUAGUGUUUGCUGAGUUUCUGUCUUGUUGUUUUUAUUUUACAAAAUAUUGCGAAACUUACUGCUCAUGAAAUGAGCGGUACAGACUCUGGAGUUUACCAGUGGGGUCAAGAUCUUCGUCUGACACUUUGCUCUGGUUUAUUUCUUUAGAGAAGCAAUGGACUUUUAUUUGUGACAUCAAGUCUGUAUCUUGUCGAGCUGAAAAUAACCAGUCAUUGAGCAGCAAGGUCCUAAAACUAAUCACGCCAUUUCCCACGGUGUGUAUUUCAGUUGCAGAAGACUAUGGUUCGGCUUUUCACAUGCUGUUUUCAUGCUGUAGUGGCUGGACUGAAAGCCUAAGUGGAACCGCAAUGUCGUUUCCUAGCAACCAAAAGACGCCUUGAAUCGGUCUAUUCGGUUUGAUACACAGCCCUAGUCCAUCCUGUUCUGGGCCUACUAUUUUAUAUGUUUUAUGUGUUUAAAGAAAGAUGUGUAAAACAUUUUUUUUUAACCAACCCAAUAGACCGUCCGCUAAGCUCCAUUCCCUUUAGUUUAUGUCCCUAUGUAUGCCCGCCAAGCUUUUUCUUCUAGCAUUUAUGCAGUUAAUAACGUUAAUGUUGCAGAUUCACAACAAUAAAUAUUAAGUCAGUUUUGAGAAAAAUGGGUCUUUGAUUUCAGACAGAGGUACACAGAAGGACGCUUCUCAUUUUUAGCCAACAGCUGCUAAUUUUGCUGUCUGAAAUGACAUCUGUCUCUGUCAGAUGACAUGCUAAUGAUUGAGUUUACCUUAAAGUGGGGAUGGAUUAAGCACACUCUUUAAUCCACCCCUUACACUAUUAGACGUCAACAUCUGAAGAAAUCUGAAACUUGACAGGCCUGUUGUGCCUAGUGUAUAGAAGGGUUUGGCGAACGGUCAAUUGUUGCUUGAAUCUGGCUCUUUCCCUCCAUGUUAAGAGUCAACUGCUUGCAUUAAUAUAUAACACACAACUUGUUGUUAUACUGUGUCGACUUGGAGUCAACUACAGCCAGUCCAUCUUCGAUCUUCUGCCAGGUCUUAGUGCAAAAAAAUCAUUAAAGGCAGCUACAGUAAGAUGUUAUACUCCGCAUCUCCAUUUGUUUGAGCCACUGAAGUGUUUCCUUCCUCCUCCUCCUGCCUUUCUUUUCACCCUACUUUCCACCACCACCACCACCACCACCACACUGGUUCGAUGGAAAUGCUCCGUCUGUGCCAACACACACAUCAUGCACACACAAUGCCCUCUCGCUUUGAGACAGCACCAUAAAGCCGGCACCACAGAAACAGCAACUGUAGGCUGGUCCUGGAGACAGGGAAGGAAAACUGUGCUCAGACUGGACCUUGAACUCUUGGACGAGUUGGAACAUUUUAAAAAAUCCUUUUCUUUCCCUCUAAAUCUCUCUGAAAACAAAAAGAAGAGCCCCUAUCCAUCGCUGGAUAAGUAUUUCAACCAUGGUAUAUCAUCCAGCCACAGACAUGAAGUCAUUUGAAACCUCCUUCCCUUUUUAACAUAUGUGUUGGCUGUAAAGCAACAUUGCAUGCCAGAGAGACUGUCUGCUCCGCUAGUUUGUGGUUUUCUUUCCAAAUUUGCCAAGCCAUAUGGAAAAAAACAACAACUACAUUUUAGUGCUGGGAACAAACCUGUAAAACACAUUACAUUAAGCUGUAGUGUGUGUCUCUGAAGGUACACUGCAGCACAAGAUGUUGUUUCAGUCGAUCCAGUUUAAAAUUAGAAAAUGUUUAAAACUGCUCAUUGGCAGAGAUUUAAUGAGUGAUGACAGUCUAGAUGCCAGGACAAAUAGCUUGUGCCCUGAUUGUUUUUGAAAGAAGGAUAAUAACUGCUUUGUGCAUGGACGAGAAUGGAAGUGAUACUAACUGGCAAGCUGGUGGAAAAUACCUUUCAGUCAAAGCUUUCCAGCAUUUUUUUAGAGGUUAUGGAGGUAAACACAGCCUGGCAGGCUCGCUCCCUCAAAUCUUACCGGCCUAUUCUUUUAUGAUGUCCAGGAUUUAUCAGAUGCCCAGUGCGUGGUGUGUUUGCCUUGGCUUCAGGUGCCAGGCACCCUCCAGCUAUUCUGGGCAACAAGACAAACAGCAUGAUUACAUAGACGAGUGGACAUCCACACGGUUGCCAUGACAAUGAGAGCAAGCAGGCUUCAGCUCUAGCUGCCACAUAAAACAAUGUUCACUGCGGAGCUAGUGGCAAUAGGCAGUAUUGUUUGAAUGAGGGCAGAUGAGAUGAAAGAGACGACUGGUGACGCAUUUAACAGUCAGAGUCUGAAUAAUAACCAUUACAAUGAUGUUUAACUCCUUCAUAGGAGAUUUCUGAUAAAUCCUGAUCACAUUUUCAGGUACCCCUUCCUAGUAAGGCAGUUUAUUCAUGUUUUAUUGAUCAGUUAUAAACCUUCUGUUAAUGGCUUAUUAACAUUUACAACUGUGGACUAAAUGGAUUUAGAAGGUUAGACACCCAUGAGCAUUGAUUGAUGGAUUACCAAUAUCUGACUGCAUUAUUACCAAAUACAAAAAAGGACUAACGCCAUCCAAUGAGAUUUUUUAUAACCUCGGGAACCAAAAUUUGUCCUAAUUAACGAUUGUAAGUGAUCUAUAAAGGACUGGUAAAUUAUUUAUUAACCACUGACAUAGCCAUCACUUACUUAAACACUAUAACUGGUGCUUUCCAAAGUGUUACCCAUUUUCAUUGUAAUCUGCCAAGCUCCAGCAAAGAAAUGUAAUACUAUUUAAUGCAUUAGCUACCAGAAAUCAGCCAUGCAGGCUGACUGAGGGAAUGUGAAUUAAUAUGGCUGCUGUAUUAGUAUUAGUAAGUAAAGUAUUUGUUCAUUAUUUUUGAAAACUUUUUGACAAGCUUUCUUCACAGUGAAAAUAUUUUAAUGCCAGUGAUGCUUUCCUGGUUAAAUGAAUAAUGAAAUGAAGUAAAAUAUUAGAUUUCUCAUUGCCAUGGACAGCUCAAACGUACAUCUUUCUUGUCCAGGUGCUGAGUGCAAACUGUAAUUGUGAUGUCAUCCUCUCAAGGACUCACAACACUGUCAACCGCUCCCUUUAAACUCUUCUAUUUUUACCACAUAACAACUCAACAAGGAGCCAAUUUGGGCUCUAAACAAAUGGUUUCUAUUGUAAAAAUAGAUUUUUUAAAGGAAGUAAUUAACAGAGUUGCUGAGAAAUCACAAGCUAUCCAGGGUAAAACUAAACUUACUUUUUUCAUUGUCAUUGCAGCACAACAAUCUGAUUCUGCACAGUAAUUCCCUGCACAUGUAGUCAUUGCUGAUGCCAGUCUUGCUUCCAUCGUCUCACACUCCCUACUGCUCUGUUCAGCAUUAGCACACAGCUCAUCCACUCUUUCUAUUAGCCACCUGAAAUGCUGUCAAGAGCCCUUUUCCUCCACAUUUUGGCCAUUUUUAAGAAGCUAAAAGACAGACUGGUUGUGCCUCUCUGGAGGCAGAAUAGAGGGAUAAACAGCAAACUGAGCGCCGUAGCACACAGCAUGCAGCUAAAAAGGAAGCUUCCACUCCCGGUGUCCUGCUGUUUUCUUCCUUCCUCUUAUACAUACACAAACACACACAAGCACAAUGUAUCCCAGGACUGAUGCGGAUCUCUUGGUACCUGACAGCUCCUUGAAGAGCACCAUUAAGCAUUUCCUUUCCUUGAAUCUUAUUUAUCCCUCUGUGUGUGUAUGUUGUUUUUGUUCACAUCCCAAAACGGCUCAAAGAAAUGGAAGUGAAUUGAAAUAAACCCCACUGAGAGCACACUGGGCUCUGAACUGGGUCCAAAACUUAACUUGGGCAACACAAAGCUUAGAGGACUGAAAAAUAAAAAGCCACAGAGACCGACUGCAGUUCACUGGAUCAGUCCAAUCGAUAUUUUGCUUGAGUGAGUGGAAUGGUUUUUAUUUCCAUGGUACGAUGCAUUUUUAUUAUUUUGUUAUGCAAUGUGAGAGAAAAAUGUUUUUUCUUUGUAAAGUGGAAAUGUUCAACUGAUUGUGGUCAUCAAUGUGGAGAAUUAUAUUAUGCAGUAUGUAAAUUAUAUGAGCUUAUCCAAUGAUUAAAGAUAUUUUAAAUGUU